UGGUUUGAUAGUGAUGAACUCCUUUAGCUUUUUCUUGUCUGGGAAGCUCUUUAUCUGUUUUUUCCCUACUCUGCCAUCUUGACCCGAAGUCCUUCAUUAUUGUUAUUAUAUGAAGUCUCUACCACACCCUCUUAUUACACUGACAGUCCAAGUGCAUUUGGUUAGUAGAUCACUUCGCUCCUGAAGUGAAUAAUAGAAGGGCUGUUGCUGAUGGUGGCGGAGACCCAGAACCAGCUGCAACCAUUACUCUGGCAACCAGGAAUGGCUAGAUUCCUGUGACUUCUAUCCUGAACAAAGAAUGAAGGCUAGGCUCACGAUGAACUCCCUUCAUUUCCGGCGUGGAAGAGGAGAUGGUUUGUGUUACGCAGUGGCCGUUUGACUGGAGAUCCAGACGUCUUGGAAUAUUACAAAAAUGAUCAUGCCAAGAAGCCUAUCCGCAUUAUUGAUUUAAAUUUAUGUCAGCAAGUUGAUGCUGGGUUGACAUUUAACAAAAAAGAGUUUGAAAACAGCUACAUUUUUGAUAUCAACACCAUUGACCGGAUUUUCUACUUGGUAGCAGACAGCGAGGAAGAGAUGAAUAAGUGGGUUCGCUGUAUUUGCGACAUCUGUGGGUUUAAUCCUACAGAAGAAGAUCCUGUGAAGCCCCCUGGCAGCUCCUUGCAAGUGGAUUUACCGUCGGCUGUCAUUACAACACCACCGUCCGCCCAGGUGAACUUGUCCUCUGGUGCCCAGCCUCCUCCAUAUCAGCUCAUUAACCUGCCACCACAUAUGGAGACUCUUGGCAUCCAGGAGGAUCCUCAAGACUACCUCUUGCUAAUCAACUGUCAAAGCAAGACGCCUGAACCCACCAGCCAAGGGUCAUCUUUUGUUUCUGAAGAAGGAGAGGAAUACCUACUACUAGAAGAUUUUGAAAGCAAAACGAUUCCAUUGCAAACACAUGCUGAUUCGGCAAAAUCCACCUCUUCUGAAACAGACUGCAAUGAUAAUGUCCCUGCUCAUAAAAACCCUGCUUCCUCCCAGAGCAAACACGGGGUGAACGGCUUCUUCCAGCAGCCAAUCAUGUAUGACUCCCCGCCGCCUCGCGCCGUGUCUGUUUCUGUGGACUCCAGCCUCUACAACCUGCCCAGGAGUUACUCCCACGACGUUCUACCAAAGGCGUCUCCAUCGAGUACCGAGGCCGAUGGAGAACUCUACGUGUUUAAUACCCCCUCUGGGACUUCGAGUAUAGAGACUCAAAUGAGGCACGUGUCUAUUAGCUAUGACAUUCCUCCAGCACCUGGUAAUACUUAUCAGAUUCCACGAACAUUUCCAGAAGGAACCUUGGGCCAGACGUCAAAGCUAGACACUAUUCCAGAUAUCCCUCCCCCCCGGCCACCAAAACCACACCUGGCUCACGACCGAUCUCCUGUGGAAACGGGCAGCAUCACACGCACGGCCUCGGACACCGACAGUAGCUACUGUGUUCCCACCGCAGGGAUGCCGCCCUCGCGCAGUAACACCAUCUCCACCGUGGAUUUGAACAAACUGCGGAAAGAUGCUAGUUCUCAAGACUGCUAUGAUAUUCCACGAACAUUUCCAAGUGAUAGAUCUAGUUCCCUUGAAGGCUUCCAUAACCACUUUAAAAUCAAAAAUGUAUUGACAGUGGGAAGUGUAUCAAGUGAAGAGCUGGAUGAGAAUUACGUGCCGAUGAAUCCCAACUCUCCGCCGAGACAGCAUUCCAGCAGUUUUACAGAGCCCAUUCAGGAAGCAAAUUAUGUGCCCAUGACCCCAGGGACGUUUGAUUUCUCUUCAUUUGGAAUGCAAGUUCCUCCUCCUGCUCAUAUGGGCUUCAGGUCCAGCCCAAAGACCCCUCCCAGAAGGCCCGUCCCCGUUGCAGACUGUGAACCACCCCCCGUGGAUAGGAACCUCAAGCCGGACCGAAAAGGUCAAAGUCCUAAAAUUUUAAGACCCAAACCCCAUGGUUUAGAGCGAACUGAUUCACAAAGCAUACGUGACUUUGCUACGAGAAGAAAGGCCAAGCCAGCACCUUUAGAAAUAAAACCUUUGCCAGAAUGGGAAGAAUUACAAGCCCCAGUUAGGUCUCCCAUCACUAGAAGUUUUGCUCGAGAUUCCUCUAGGUUUCCCAUGUCUCCCCGACCGGGUUCAGUGCAUAGCACAACCUCAAGCAGCGACUCACACGAUAGUGAAGAGAAUUAUGUACCCAUGAAUCCAAACCUAUCUGGUGAAGACUCGAAUCUUUUUGGCAGUAGCAGUCUUGAUGGAGGAAGCAGCCCUAUGAUCAAGCCCAAAGGAGACAAACAAGUGGAAUACCUCGAUCUAGAUUUAGAUUCUGGGAAAUCCACACCACCUCGUAAACAAAAGAUCAGCGGCUCAGGAAGCAAUGUAGCAGAUGAGAGAGUGGAUUAUGUUGUAGUUGACCAACAGAAGACCCUAGCUCUGAAGAGCACCCGAGAAGCCUGGACAGACGGGAGACAGUCCACAGAAUCCGACACACCAACCAAGAGUGUGAAAUGAAUAUAUUGAUCGGCUGUGUCUGAACAAAAGAGAACGGAAUUGUACAGAUAAAUCCUGUUUGAAGACAACUUGACCCUUAAACUCCAGGUAGAUCCUGGAGUUUACUCUAGUUGAAGUCAAAGGACCUUUCAGACGUAAUCAAGCAAUUUACACUGUCACUGGUGCUUCAUGGUAUCUGAACAGUUCAUAACCUGUAAAAAAAAAAAAAAAAAUGUAGGGAAAUAGUAUUGUUUAGCUCCCAGAAAAAAAUUGGUUCCAUAGUUAACACAGCUGUAGUAUUACUGUAUUUAUGCACUUUUUCAUUUAAGACAUUGAUUGGGGUAUUCGCAAAUGUACCUUAACAUAAUUCCUUGGGAAGUGUUUGUUUUUCCUCACACUACUCUAGAUGGCAAUACUAAGUUAACUAAGCUACUUGUAGGUUUGUAAAUGUCUCUUUAAACUUCAGUGUAAUGCUAAGAUGAGAAAGUAGAUUCACAAUUUACCUUUCUACCUGAAACUGCAGGUGGUAGUCAUUAAACUACAGAGUACAGUUGGACUCAUCAUUCAUUGCUUUCUCAAAUGCUAAGGAUAAUAUGUAUACUACUAUUAGGACUGGUUCUCUGGUUCAUGUACAGUUAGUUCUCAGUGUAGAACUUUAUUAUAUUUUGUUAAUUACAGUGUUCUUAGUUCACUGAGUGAAGAUUCUGCCGGGUGGGAUCUUGUACCUCGGAAAGACUGAAUAAUUACACUACCAAGUAAGCCUACAGAUCACUGAUGGCAUGAGGUGAUGAUGUGCUCUCACACUUGUUAACAUGCAUUGAACUUUAUAUUAUUUGCAAAUUGUAGUUUAUGUGACUAAUCAGGUACGCACCAGGCACUGAGGUGCUAAUACACCAGUCAGGUUUAGACAGUGAGCUUUAGUUUGCUCUUGUUAGUCCUGAUUUUCAAUUUGGAAUUAAUGACAUAGUUGACAUUCACUGUUAGUUAUAGCAACAUACUGUGAUUUUUUUUAAUUAGACAGUAAUUCAGAGUUAUUACUCUAAGAAUGAAAUUCUAUCUUUUGACACCAUAGUGCCCUUUCUAUGAUUUUUUAACUUUACUUAAUAUUCUUCUUAGCCUUAUAUUUAAAUUCCUAUGCAAUUAAUAUUUUAUACCUGCAUUAAACAAAGAUGUUAUGUAAGUGAUUCUCAUAUGUAGCACCUAUUGCUUUUCCAGUUUAAAAAAAAAAAAAUAAGGAUUUUGUACUGUGAUUUAUAUUCACUGUCCCAGUUCAAGAAAUAUUGGAGACUUGCUACAAUGUGAAAUCUUAUAGUCAUGGACCUCUUUCAACCAGAUUUCUGAAACCACCAGAGGAAUUAUAUAAUUCUGUCUCACCUAUACAUGAUAUCAAGACCACAAAUUAUAGUGAAGCUACAAUUAUCUGUAUCUGUCUUGGCUUUGCUAUGUAAUUUAGAAAGCAGAGUUGUUUGUUUGUUUGUUUGUUAACUAAAUGACAUACAAUCUCUUAUGUAUUGAUUUAAGAUCUACUAACAGUUGUUAGAGGGGGCAUAGAGAUUGUAGUGCCCAUGGCUGAGGCAAGACCCCCUCCAUUCAGACCUCUGUUGCCUGAGUACACAGAUGUGCCCUGAUAUCUGGCCUCUGGCCAUAGUUCUGUGCCUAAUCAAUAUAAUGGGUUUGUUUCCCUGAUCCACAAACUAAAAAUGUGCAUAACAAGAUGAUGAAUUUUAGAUUAGUAACAGUUGAUGCUUUCAAAUGUUUGCUUCUUUUUCAAACAAAGGCUAAAACCCAGAAGUGAAUUUUGAGGUGGAUUUUUAAAUAAAGAGAUUGUUUGAGUUUGGCGUGCGCAAGCUAUUUCAUACUGAAACCACAACAUAAAAUCUAAAAUCACUGAAAUGUGCCUGAACACAAUGCAGUUUGGUGUGUGAUGAUAGGAAAUUGUGUCAUGUGGAGGAGGGCCAUAUUUUUAGAUUAAAACACCAUACACAUUAAUUAAAAAAUAGAAAUCUUAUUUAAAGCUGCCUAUCGAAAGAGUCUAAGCAGUUAUGAAUUUUUUAGUGUAAUUUUUUAUUACAAGUUACCAUUUUUGAAGAUCUGUAGCACUCUGAUUUGUAGAAAUGUUCCCAUUGUGCAGAAGAAUUUAAGAAUUGAAAUGUCUUAAGUUUGUCUCAGACAUUGAACAUUGUAUUAACAAAUUACAUUAAAAGGCAGUUUCUUGUGGAGCACUCUUUUCCAAACAUUUUUAGCCUAGAAUCUUUUUUAAAUAAAAUUUUGUGUACCCCCAA